AUGCGGCUUGCGGGCAGGGCAGGGGAGGGCAGGGCAGGGCAGUUAAGUCACCAUGGCGCUUCUCCUCCGGCCCGUCUGUCCAAAGCGGUCAGAACGGGGGAACUGAUUGGCUUGCCUGCCUGCACCACCACCCUUCCCCUCCCCUUUCCCCCCCAAGUCAGCCAAGUUUUUCUCGAGUCCCAUCGUGACCUGACCCGGCCAGCUAAGAUGACCCAAACCCGCAGACACCAGCGCGCAUAA